GUCCGAUCUCUUUCGGCAGACGGACGCGGACCUUGGAAAACUGGCAGCAAGGGUUUGCGGCGUGACAGGGAAUUGCAGAAACUGUCGGAGAAGUUGGAUGCCGUAUGAAGUGCACGCACUACUUUCCCGGCCAGGAGUCAUGCGGCUUCAGAGCAUUCGUCAUGUCACUUUGCAUUAAGGGCUACUGAGAAAAGGAAUUUAUACACCAUUUAGUGACGCGAGUAGGUUGUUGUACUUGAAAGAUUGACUUCCGGUCGCGGAAUGUUUGCAUCGUGAUACUGGAGCACGCUCCUCCCUGGCGGGACGACCGCUGUGGCCUCCCCGCAAAUUCUGCCGCUGUGGGAGAAGGAAAUGGAAAUUCGCCUUGAUGCUGUUCUGCAAGCUGUCAUCGACAAGAGGGAAAGUAAGCGCAUCGGCACGACGGGCUCCCAAUCUGCUUUACAAGGAGGAAACAGGGACGGCGCAGCGGUGCCUGCCACGCAAGAGGUUGGAGUUAUGACAGAAGCUCUGCCGGAGGUAAAAAAUCAGGGUGCUGGGUGGGACGAAAGUCCGCCACAGGGUGGCAGACAGGUUUUGGAGCGCGAAGAACCUUCUUCACGCACCGUCCGUGGGCUCUUCGGAAAAAUCAAGAGCGCCGUGGCAGCAAAGUUCGGCAGCCUUCGGGGGUCGUGGGGGCGUGGCCCGGCGACGCCGAAAGAUGUUGUUUCCCUCCUAGCCAUCCUGGCGGCGCUGGCCGUCAUGCAACGAACCUUUCCGGCCAGCACCACUCGGUUCGAGGCGCCACGAGAAGAUCAUGUCGGCACACAAGAAGCAGCAAGUCUCUUUCAGUACUGCUUGGAGGACGGGACGCCAGCUGCAACACAUUGCGCCAGACCCAGCAGUGCGCAGACCUGCUGCAGCUUCUCGGGAGACGACCUGGCGCUGCAACAAGUUGCUAAUUCUACUACCACGGACGUGAGCCCCCGGUGUGAAGAGCCGGGCACGUGGGCACGCCUGGUGGAGCUCGUUAGCGAGGAGGUGCGUCGCAAUGAGAGAGACGAAGGGACCGAGAGCGCCAUCACCAGUGGCGUCUUUCGCUACAACCUCUCGCCGUGCGAGGUGCGGGUCCAGGACAAGCUGUAUGUCAAGGAGGCUGAGUUUUGUUCCCCACAGGGCGACCGCCUGAUCGUUUCGUGCCCAUCGCCCGGCCACGGUGCGUUUGCGUGCGUGCAGCGCCUGCGGGAGGUGGACCACGAGGAAGCGACGUGGCAGGAGGAUAAAAAACUCAGUAGCAACUGCAGCCCCGACGAGAUGAACGUCUUGGAGAGGAGGCUUUCGCGCUUGUCUAUCAGCCGCCCGAAAACAUGUUCAGCCGACGGAAAAUUGCAUGCCGACGCACAGCCAAAGAACUCCGAGCAGGAAAUGCACGUCCUCGAAAUGUUUCGCGAAGUGGUGGAAGACAUCUACCACAGCUACAUUGAGCCAUGGGCCUCUGGUGCAGAGCUUUCGUUCAGUGCUCAGGAGCGGGGAGUGCAUAUGACGCUUGCGCCCCGUACCCGUCGGGAUGCCAGAAGCAGAACGGUUACUGGCAGGAAGAAAGCGGCAAGGGCAAAACAAUCGGGAGGCAGGACCACUGCCAAGCAGCCGAAAAGCGCGCGGAGUAGCAAAAGAGGAUCUACUGUUAAAUCCAAGAAGAAAAGCAAGGGCGACACCAUGAGGAUGGAAAGAUAAUAUCUAUGGCUAGGGCUAGGCGAGUUGAAUUGAUUUCGUGCAUUACUUCUAUCUAAUGUCUUGGCGGUACGUAAUGGUAAUGGAAGUUUAAAUACAUAAACGCUUCUCGACGUUUCCACAGAGGCAGCGUGCCCUUGGAUGAUGAGAACCGUAGAAAGAAAAACUAGUAUUAAGCCUUGUUCCUUGGAUUGGGUUGUAAGGCCUACGUCUAGCUUUGCUCAAACGUGAAGAACCUGUGCGCAGCCAGGCCGCAUGCCUGUCACCGCCUUCGGAGAUGUCACCCUUGGCACCUGCGAACCGGUGUUGACUGAAUUUCUGCGCAGAAAUGGGUCUUUUUUAUCGAAGACAAAUUGUCACUGUCUGUGGCAUUUGUUUUGAGUAUGUUUUGGAGGAAAACAAAGUGGAACAUUGAUUAGAUGAACACCCAGUGCAAGCAACAGCUGUGGAUAAAGCACAAGCAUUGUUUCUUAAUCGCUACGUAGUGUAUCCCUUUUCUGAAGUAUGAUUUUUUACCGCACUGCUUAUUUACUUCUUAUGAAUAUCUCAGAUCGGCAUACUACAGUACUGAUUUUCAGAUGGUUUUUACAACACCAAGAUCAAGCGUAACAAAUUUCAAGAAACUUUUGAAGCACGAGACGAGAGUGAACUAACAUGGGAUAGAUGAGUAAAAAAGUAAAGAAUGGAAGUGAUAUAAGAACAGCGUAGCUACAGCAUCUAGCUGCAUUAGCAUAUUUCCUCGGUUUCGAAGGUAGAAGGAAAAAAAUGACGAAGACAUGAUGAAAGCAUUGUACAAUUUUUUCAGCAACAAAAAAGCGCGCCCCCUUGUGGCGAGAGAAGGAGUUGUAGUACACGU